AUGAGACCGUAUUCCAAAAAUCUCAUCACUGUGCUCCACACCGUAAAAGUCACUUCUGCCCAGCCGUUCAUGCAGCUAUGCGAGACUGUACGAAUAUUCGUUUAUAAGCACCCUUCUUCUGGGUAUGGUUCAUUUCCACCAGCUGUGGUCUCCUCGGAAGCGUUACGGUACUGGAAUGAUGCAUCCCCGGACGACAAGAGCGUGAUGGAGUUUGAAGGCUCACAAAGAAACGCUACCAUUGAGGGUUUGACUCCGUCGACACAUUACACGGUUGAUGUUAUGGCGUCCACUGUGAAGGGAGACGGACCUCGUGAAGAGACGAAGUUUGAAUCCGGUGUUCCGCCCGAAUUGCCUGGUCGUCCAAGUUCGUUGACCCUGUCAGGAUAUCCGUGCUAG